AUGCAAACGACCUAUAGUCAACACCAGGCAUUAACAUCACCAGUGACAGAGACACCAAAUACCAGAGUUGAGCUAGAUAGUAACCCAAACACAGAAUAUGACGGUUCCUUGAGACAGGAUGAUGAACAACCUGUACGUCUUCGGUACGAGAGCGACAUCUCCAAGUCAUGGUACUUCCCACGGCGGACAGCGUCACUUCGGAAGCACCGCGCAACACGCGCUGUUAGCACUGGCAGCUUUGAACCAUAUACUCUAUCGGAUCAUCACCUCUCAAAUGGCCCACAUCCAACAUCUCCAGAGUCCACAACCUUCUGGCCCGAUAGGAAUAUCCAGGAGGCUUACUUGAUGCGUUAUUUCGUUGAAGAACUUGCACAAUGGUUUGAUUCUUGUGACCUGGCCAGACAUUUUGCUCUUGUAGCUCCUUACCGCGCACCCAGUUGUCCAGCACUCCUCUACGCGAUAUUUUCGGUAUCUGCAAGACAUCUCACGGGAGACGCAACGGAAGUUCAAGACGAGAACUUGCUGGCAGCUGCUGUCAUACUUCGAUUCUACGAGGAACUGGAUGCACCGCUUAUUGGAGUCGAUGAUGAGACAUACUUACGCGGCACACAAGUGUUCCUUGAAGCACAAUCUGAGAUGGCGGUCAAAGGCCAUGGCCUUCAAACCGCUGCAUUUUGGGUGGGAUUCCGCCAGGAGUUUCAUACUGCGUUCAUAAAACAGCGGGCCUUCCGUUUCGACCUCACCUGCUGUAAUUAUUCACCAUACAGAACACUCGGACCUGCAGAUGACUUUACAUGGGCCAAUCGAGUGGUUCUGCAUUGUGCAGAGACAUUACUGUAUUGCUACGGAGAUGAAGCUCACGAUCUGGAUCGAUAUGGCCAGCUUUGGGAAUAUAGCCAAAACUGGUACGCGUACAAACCGCAGACCUUUAAUCCUAUCUAUUUAAAAGCGCCAAACCGAUCACAAAAGGAGAUCUUUCCUCAGAUAUGGUAUCUCGGUGACUGCCAAGUGACGGCGGUCCAGCACUGGCACCUUGCGCGGAUUCUCCUCGCAGCCUUUGAUCCAAAGAUGCCUCGCAUAGGUCCCAACCAGAAACGAGCGGCCGCCAAUAGAGAAGCCGAAAUAAAGACCAAUUUAUUCCGUCUAUGUGGUAUUGCAUUGUCGAACAAGACGGCCCCAGGGCUAAUCACUGCAUGUAUGGGUGUCUCGAUGUGCGGAGAUCGAUUUACAGAGAGACUGGAGCGAGAAGCUCUGCUGGAUAUCUUGAUCAAAACGGAGGAAAUUCAUGCUCUUUCUACAGGAAAGGCACAAAGAGAACUUAGAGAAGCUUGGAAUUAA